GGUUUAUAAGAGCUUCUCCUGAGAGCUUCUAAACACUUCUGAACCUCCUCAACCGCAGAGUACAGCAGCCAUGGCAACCACCACGCUGGGAAUGCUGGGAGUUCUCCUGAUCGCCGUGGCGUCGAGCGGCGCGACCAGCGACCGAUUCAACGUCCAGCAGUUGGCGGGGAAGUGGUACUCUAUCCGCUCCUCCUCGAACGCGCCGUGGUUCGUCAGGCUGAAGGAUCGUCUGUCGAUGGAGGAGAUCAUCGUCACCCCCCAACCCAGCGGAGACAUCCUGCUGGAGACCACCUUCCUCAGUGAGGACGGAUCGUGCAGGAAGCUCAGUGACAUGGCGUCUAAGACCAGCAUUCCCGGACGCUUCACCUUCUACGUGGAGAAGUACGGCACCACCAACGUGUUCCAGGUUCUAGAUAUGAAGGCGGAUGAAUACGUUAUCGCCUAUUUCAUCGUCAGCGACGAGGAGGACCGGAACUACACCAUCAGCCGGCUGAUGACUCGUAAGAAGGAGGCGAAGGCUGAGGUGAUUGAGAAGUUUAAGACGAUCAGUGAGGAGCAGGGAAUUAAAUCCGAGAACACCGCCAUCCUCAGCAAAUUCGAGGGAUGCAACUGAGCUUUCCUGACCUCGACCGGACCCUCGAAUCAUCGAUCAUUAAUCUAAUGAUUAACCCGUUCUGUCCUGAGUCAGAAACAUCUGAUCUGAUUUUAAUUCAACAUUUCAAGCAUUAAAAAAACAUAAACAAUAAAUGUGAUUUUAAGCAGCAGAA